CACACACUCAGACCCAGAGUCGUUGUGGUCAGGGAUGUAGGCGCUGGAGCUCUCUCUCAGCAGCUAACUUGGAGCAGCCUGGAUGGAGCGCUGCAGUGUGCCGGAUGGAGAACCUGUGGACUGACAGCAGACACUGACACUGACUGAAACCUCAGCAUCCUGUUUUACCAUGGAGUUUGGAAGAGUUUGGUCCAGAUGUCAGAGGACGGUGCUGAUCACCAUGAUGAUGUUCAAACUGGGCUUACUGUGCACAUCUGCAGCAGACACGUGUUUGUCAUCUCCCUGUAACAAUAAUGCCACAUGUCUCGACUCCCUGGGUGACUAUGUGUGCCUCUGCCCCAAAGGACCGGUGUGGUACAUGGGCAAAAACUGUGAUGAGCUGUAUGACGCCUGUAUCAUGGCGCCUUGCACCAACUGUACCAGCAAGCCUGGGACUGACGAGUUCACCUGCCACUGUCUGGACGGCUUCACAGGGCUCAACUGCACUCAGGAUGUAGAUGAAUGUCAGAGCAACCCCUGCAAAGGUAUCCAGUCCAAUUGUGUCAACAGAGUAAAUGGCUAUUCCUGUCACUGCCCCCUGGGACUGGGAGGGGAGCACUGCCAGAAUAACGUCACCACUUGUUCAGAGAUAUCAUGCCAGAAUGCUGGCACCUGUAUGGACGUCCCUGACGUUGGGCCCGAGUGCCAGUGUGCUGCUGGGUACCAAGGGAGGAACUGUGAGGAAAACAUAGAUGAAUGCCAGUCUCAGCCCUGUCAGAAUGGAGCCAUCUGUAAAGACGGGGUUAACGCCUACCAGUGUUUCUGUGUGCCUGGAUUUCAAGGCUUCCACUGCGACUUGGACAUCAACGAGUGUGCCUCUCAACCCUGCCAAAAUAAUGGCAGAUGUCUGGAUGAGGUGGAUCACUACAGGUGCGACUGCACUCCAGGCUUCAAAGGGAUUAACUGCGAGGUGGAGAUCGAUGAGUGCGAGGUGCUUCCCUGCCAGAACGGCGCCACCUGCCGAGACCACGUCGCUACAUACACGUGUGAGUGCAUGGCCGGCUUCCAGGGCCAUGACUGCGAGGUCAACAUCAAUGAAUGUGCUAACAUUCCCUGUUUGAAUCAGGGCAAGUGCAUUGACGGGGUGAACAGAUAUGAGUGUGACUGUGAGGGCACCGGCUUUGUGGGCGACCACUGUGAAGAAGAUAUUCCUGAAUGUGCUUCCGACCCCUGCCAGCAUGGAGCUACUUGUUUGGAGGAGAUCAACCAGUACAAGUGCCUCUGCUGGCCAGGUUACGAGGGAGAGAACUGCCAGCUGGAUAUGGAUGAGUGUGGGCAGCAACCCUGUGAGAAUGGUGGCGAGUGUUUCCAGCGCUCAGAUAUCCUGAACUACAGAACGCUGCCUGAAUUCAGCAAAGCCAAUUUCAGCUAUGAAGAGGCCGCCGGGUUCAUCUGCCGCUGUCUGCCAGGAUUCACUGGAGACAGCUGCUCAGUCAAUGUGGACGAGUGUGAGUCUGCUCCGUGUCAGCAUGGAGGAACCUGUCAGGAUCUGGUCAGCUCUUAUCAAUGCAUGUGUCCAGAUGGCUUCACAGGCGUACACUGUGAGGUGGACAUCAACGAGUGUGAUAGCAAUCCCUGCAAGAAUGGCGCCACGUGUGAAGAUGCUGCCAACUUCUAUAGGUGUCACUGCCCUGAGCCAGAGCCUGGCCAGGAGCCUUGGGGCGGGAGAGACUGUGACGUUGGUCUGGUCGGCUGCCAGCAGCACCACUGUCAACACGAAGCAGGUUGCGUCCCCGUGCUGAAUGAUGAUGGAGACCAUAGCUACACCUGCCUGUGUCCUCCUGGCUGGACCGGAGAACUUUGCAAUACCUCCACCACCUUUUCCUUCAACUCCGAGGGCUACGUCCACAUGCAGCUGCCUGUUCCCAAAAACAGGAUGAAACGAGAAACCAAGGACCAAGACAAUCAUGGGCUCCACAUGCAGCUCCGAUUCAAGAGCACUCUGGACGACAUGGUGCUGUACUACCGGGGCACCGUGGAGCGCUUCGUCUCCCUGGAACUUGUUGGAGGCUCCCUUCGGGCCAGGGUGAAGUCAGGGAAGGUAUGGCAGGUCAUUUACCCUGGCCUAGUCAAUGACGGUGAAUGGUACCAGGCCACUGUGACCAUGGAUGAGAGGCUGGUUCUGGUUGUAAAAGGACCAGGCUGUGAGGAUGACUGCUUUGUGAAAAAUGAGGACUAUAACCAUCUGAUCUUCCUCCAGCCCAGCUCCUUUCAACAGCUGUAUGUUGGAGGGGCACCGCAGGAAUAUUUAGCACAGACGUCCAGCGGAAGGGGGUUCAUUGGAUGCAUGGAAGACCUUCAAGUUGACCACAAGCUACUUCUGCCUCUGGACCUCAUCAGAGAGGAGAACCAGGGCUUGGAAAUAGGAUGCAGUAAAAAAGAUUGGUGUCAAGAUGACCCAUGCAUGGAACGUGGGCAGUGUGUGGACAUGUGGGUUCGUCCCAGCUGUCAGUGUCAUCGACCCUACUAUGGAGAAAGCUGUGAGAAAGAAUAUCCAUCCUGGACCUUCGGUCAUGAGAACACCACCAGCUACGUUGGCUUCAACAUCACGGAAACUCAUGGAGACAACUUCACUAUCUCCUUUUUAAUGCGCUCCCUCAAACACAACGGUCUGCUUCUGCAGCUCCAUCGAGAAGGAAAGCCCUACCUGACAAUCUAUCUGAAGGAGGGCACUGUUGCUAUUUACAGCCCUCACACCACACUGCUGUCGGAGGCCAAGUUCGUCACUGACAGCAACAAUAAUUUGGUGACUUUAAAGGUGCAGUACGGCCAUGUGGUUUUCCCCAAAGCAGGAAAUCAUCGCGCAUUAGGAAACGUUAGUAUAGAGGCAGGGGACGUGGCAUAUGUUGGAGGGCUCCCUGCAGGCAAGAGUAUGAAUGCCUGGGGUGGAAAUGUCAAGGGCUGCUUGCAGGACAUUCGGCUGGACCACAGGCAUCUGACCAUUGAGGAUCAUCUGGAGGGGGUGGAAGUUUACCAGGCAAGCACAGAGGAGAACGUGCUGCCAGGAUGCCAUAGUGAUGACACAUGCAAGGAUCAGCCCUGUUUCAAUGGUGGGAAGUGUCAGGUUACCUGGAAUGACUUCCUGUGCGACUGUUCCAUGAAAUACUCUGGCCAGCUGUGCGAGGCACGUUUGUGGUGCGUCGACAACCCUUGCUUUGACGGAGUGCGUUGUGUGGACCUACAGGAUGGUUAUGAGUGUUUAACUGAAGCCAUUUUUCAGGACAACGCUCUUCAGUAUGUUGCAAACAGCUCCCUGCUGAGCCCGGUAACCAACAUCACCAUGGAUAUUCGGACGCGGGACGAGAACGGUAUCUUGUUGCGGGCCUUCAGCAGAGCAGAGGUCUUCUGCCUGGGUCUGCUCAACUCCUCCCUGCUGGUCAAACUGGACAGCGGGGCGAGUACAGAGCUGCUGGCCUUCACAAGUGACAGGGCCAUCGCAGACGGAGCAUGGCAUCAAAUCCAGCUGGCCAUGGUCGAUCCCACGCAGUUAGCAUCCCGCUGGCGCCUCACCAUUGAUGGGCAGAGAGCUGGUGGCAGCUUCGGCAUUGGAGGCAACCUUAACUUCCUCAAUGACACCAAAAUCUGGCUGGCUGAGAAAUACACUGGAUGUUUAGGGGAGUUGAGAGUGGGUGGAGUCUACCUGCCUCUCAUAAAUGUACCAGAAGCCCCUCAGAUGAGCCAGUUCUCCAAACUGGGUGGGCAUGAGCCAAUGAUAGGAUGCCAAGGUGCACCCAUUUGCGAUUCCCAGCCCUGCCUUAACCAGGGUGUAUGCCAGGAUCAGUUUAAUGAGUUUAACUGCAGUUGCAGCGCAGGAUGGGAGGGGGAGCUGUGUGAGAUGGAGGUAAAUGAGUGUUCUUCAGGUCCCUGUGUCUACGGGACAUGUAAAGACCUUCUAGCAGACUACCAGUGUGACUGUGAGCCUGGAUACACAGGAAAAGACUGUCAGCACGAGGUGGAUAACUGUCACAAGUUCAGCUGUGUGAAUGGAGGAAUCUGCAUGGACACGGUGGGAGUUCACACAUGUUCAUGUCCUACUGGAUACGUCGGCAAACGCUGCCAAUGGCGUUUUCCUCCAGCGGCGUGCGAUUCAAACACAGAGUGUCUUAAUGGAGGGGUCUGUAUAGGAGGUGACUCUGGAGGUAACUGCACCUGCAAGCCGGGAUACACUGGUGCCAGGUGUGAGACAGAAAUAGACGAGUGUGGGUCCAGCCCUUGUCUCAACGGGGCCACCUGUCUGGACAGACUCAACCACUUCCAGUGUGUGUGUGUGCUGGGUUUCAGCGGCACAUUGUGUGAGAGUAACAAAGAGGAGCAUCAGGAGCGAAUCCCCUGGCUGGUGGUGACCAUCCCUCUGAUCACCCUGUGUGGGUUACUGGCUAUACUGGUGGUUUUUUGCCUCAUCAUGACAGCACGGAAGAAGCGUCAGUCAGAGGGCACCUACAGCCCCAGCUCACAGGAGGUGGCUGGUGCCAGGCUGGAGAUGGGCAGUGUCCUUAAAGUGCCUCCGGAGGAGAGGCUGAUCUGAGUCCUGAAGCCCUGCAGCCCUGCCUUACUGCCUCACAUCCAGUGGAUGUAUCUAUGUAAAGGGCAGAGAGAACACGUGCUCUGAUGUGUCACACUGAUGGCCUUCCUGGCCUACAAAGAAGCAAUGGAAGAUAAGUCAAUGACUGAUCCUCCACCUGGGAAAACUACUGACCUCGAAGUCUGACAGAUGGACAGUUAAAGACCAGAGGCUGAGAGAGCCAGUCUCUUGAUUACUCAGGCUGUCCUGUUGGGGACAGUGCGGUCAAAGGAUGCUCUGACCCUGAAAAUCCUCUUGCAACUUUAAGUCUUGAGGACAAUCUCAAGCUUGAUUCACGUGGGACCGAAAUUAUGCAAGAGCACUAAAGAAAAGCCCAAACCCUAUGGGUGUAAAGGAAUGUAUUACACAGGCUGGAACUCUCUGACACCCUCCAUACGGUAAACUAAAGGCAAGCAAUUCAUCAUUUAUGGUUCAGCAAAGCAACACCGAUUUCACUGCUGAUUCUGCUUUGUAUGGCAGAGGAAAGAAGCAUGUUUACAGGGAGAAGAAAACAUUUGAGACCAAUUCUGUCAAACUACAGAGUUUAAUUUGAGUAUAAAUUGCACAAUACUAUCAAUGUGUAUCUUUCAUCACCAACAUGCUCCUUGUAGGAUUAUUAAAUUACACAUAAAAGGAGGCGUCUGUUUUAUAGUGAGAUUUUUACAAUAAUUUAGAUCCUGGGUGUAUUUUGUUAGAGGUCCCUCUCAAUGCUAGUCUUCAUACUCCAUCUCUCCUUCCACAGUUCAUUUUGUCUUUUUUGUGAAAGGGAAACAGCAAUUGCAAACAUCAGCUGAAGAAGGAAUGCAUUGUUGAUUCAAACAUCGUCUCCUUUUGGUGAAUCGGAAUCUUUGAAUUUGUACAAUAUUUUCUGAAGCAGCAGUGAUUUCAGGUGCUUAAUAUCUGUAUAUAGAUUAAUUAUUGUUCCAUGGAAAUAGAGCAUUCUUAAGUUGAAGACAAUACUCUUCUAUCAUCUGUCUGCAGUUUUUCCUUAACUCAGUUACUGAGACAUUUCUCCUUAUUUAAGCUGCUGCAGUCUGUGAGGGACGAGGACGUUGCUGCAGCCUUUGCAGGAGUCAAACACUGUUAUGUCAAUAUUUGCUGUAUUAUAUUGUCAAUGUGCACUAUACAUGCUCACCACUCUGCCGUUUCUUUGACACUGUGUAAGGAUGCUGUGAGUGUUUUAACAGAGUUGUGUUGCAUAUAAUGUGCUGCAAAACUUCCAAGUCACUGUAUUUUUCCUUUUUUUCAAUAUUUUUAAGGGGAACAGUAUUUAUCAGUAGGAAUCUUAUUGGUAUGGUCUCAGGUGUUAUCAGUAUUUAUGGACAUACAUAAAAACAAUUUGUACAACUUAUUUGCUUUCUUUCUAAUAGUUAGAUAAGAAGAUAAAGAGGCAAAGUAUGGAGUGUUGGCAGGAUGUGGUUAGCCUAGCUUAGCAUAAAUAGUUGAAGUAGGAGAAACGGCUAACCUGGCUCUGUCCAAAGUUCUAAAUUACACCAACCAAAAACUCUAAUUUCACUGAUUAACACAUUAUAUUUCCAUUUUUUAAAAACCGUACACAAACACAAAUGUAAAAUUGGCACAAUGUAUCCCUCUAUCAUGAGUUACCAACAGCAAAUCUAUACAUGCUCGUUACAUGCAUACUUCUACUUUAUACUUUUAAAAUAUACUUCUGUCUUCACAGGAAGUUUUUAAGGCAACAAAAUCCCUUAGUUCACAACGACUCACAUUACCAACGACUCACAUUAACAACGACACCUUAACAGCGACUCACAUUACCAACGACUCACAUUACCAACGACUCACCUUAACAGCGACUCACAUUACCAGCAACUCACAUUAACAACGACUCACAUUAAUAACGACUCACAUUAACAACGACUCACAUUACCAACGACUCA